AUGCUGUGCAUCACACUCCUCUCCGGGGAAGAGUUGGCAAGCCUUCCCUUCGAGGAGCUUAGCGAUGUGAAGGCACUGAAGCAGCGAUUGCACGAGCAGCACGGCCUGCCGCCACGCUUCAGGCAAAGGCUCCUUCACGAGGGAAACACUUUGGAGGAUGCCGUCAUAUUGGCUUCUGUCAUGGAGUCGCAAGCAGGUCACGAGGAUACGACUUUGAGUGACUCUGUGAAGCCGGACGCCGUGAUGAAUCUGCAGCUGCUGGUCUUGGAGUUCUCUGAUGCUUCUGACGUCCAACGGGCAGAGCUUGGUGAAGCGGCCGGUGGCGCUAUGGUGGACGAGGUUGAAGCUUUACUGCAGCUGCCCAUGGACCCGGAUGCUGUGACUGGUGAGCCUAAUCACACACCUCUGAUGCUAGCAUCUGGGAAUGGCCACCUGGAUAUCGUCCGGCUUCUACUGGAGGCCGGUGCCCAGAAGGAUGCGCUUGCUAUUGACGGCAGCACAGCACUGAUGUGGGCGGCGCUUGAAGGCCGCGAGUCCGUCGUCCGAGUGCUCCUGGAGGCCGGCGCUCAGAAGGAUCUGCGUGACCAAGGCGGUUGGACAGCACUCAUGUGUUCUGCGAGCGAACGACACCCGCGAGUCGUGCGGUUGCUCCUCGAGGCCGGUGCUGACAGGGAUCUGUGUGAUAGAUACGGGCAGACGGCGCUGAUGCUGGCAGAGGAAGCAGAGGAAGCAGACGAUGAAAUCCUCCGACUUUUGGAACCCCUGGCAGAGGAUGACGACGGAGAGCUUUCGGAAGGAUGUUGCCAAGAUCCAUGA